GUCGGCACCGCUAGUCGCAUGAUCUAGUCAAAAAAUUCACUUUGCCAUCACUGUUCUUCUAUAUAUACUACCCAACCCACAUCAGUGUCUCGGGAGAAGUGGAGACGCAUGGCAGAAGUGGUGAAGCUGCUGUGACUUGACGCGCCUUAGCCGACUCGCGUCUUAUCGUGGCUUGACGGUCGGCUUCUACUGAACGAGUUCGCUUUACCUGCUCCGAGGGACACCUUUUUGGUCAACGAGUCUACGAACAAUGGCCGACGAACAUGAAACCCCAUCCUCCGUGGAGGAGGAACCCCAGGUCGAGUCGCUCGUCCAGGGACGCGCCAAAAGAAGCACUGCAGGGCUUCACAUGUCGGCUCUUCUGGAUGCUGCCGCGGACGACGACCUUGCACUGCUAUUUGAAGAAGUCGAAGACGACAAUGAGUUUGCCGUGGAUGCAGAGGAGAUGGGUGGCGAGGAGGAUGAUAUGCGCUUUGAUUCUUCAUCGGAGGAUGAAGACGACCAGGGACCCAGCGCCAAGGACGACGACCUUGAAGGCGAACAGCAACUACAGAAGGAAGAGCGGGCAGAUAAGAAGAAGAAGAGAGCGAAGGACGACCUUCGAUAUAAGAUAGCCGCCAAGAGAGUCAAGAUCGAUCCCACCGCCGUGUCCGCAGUGCCUGCCCCCCGGCCGAAAAAGAAGUCCGAACGCGUUUCGUGGAUUCCGACCCCCGAAGAAGGGCCAACGAGGUCGUCUUCUCGUCGACAAACCAUGCAGAACAAGGAACUCACGCAUGCACGACUCAAAGAUAGCGAGGAGAAACGCAUCCGUCUCAUAGCGACCAUGGAGGAGGCAGCGAAGCGGAAAGCUCAAUUCAAGCCGAAGGAGAUGACGCAGGCCGAACGUCUUGCCGAAGCAGAGAGGGUAGAACGGCACAAUAGCAAGAGUCUCAACAGAUGGGAGGAAAUGGAGAAGAGAAAGGCCGAGGAAAGAAAAGCGAAGAUUGAGGCGCUGCAGAACCGUCGUCUCGAAGGCCCGGUCAUGUCAUACUGGAGCGGUAUAGCUACAUGGGCCGAUGGUCGCUUAACGCGGAUCGGCAAAGUCGAUAUCGCCCCCAAGCCAGAAAAGGAGGACACUACACGCAAGAAAAGCAAGAAGUCGGACAAAGAAGGGAAAAACGUGACGGAGCAAAAGCCGACCGAGGAUGGUGCUACUGUUGGGCCUGCCACGUCGCAAACAGCCCCUCCCGCUACCAACCAGGCCGAAAACUCCAAGGAUCCAGUUGGAACUGCUGGAGGGGACCCCGUGAAGGGAAAUUCCGAGCCUUCAGAAGUCUCACCAACUGAUUCUCGCCCAGUUCAAGAGGCCGAUGCGCCAUCAGAAAGCAAAACCACCAAUGCCGAUGGCGAAGCCUCCCCAUGUGCUCCCGAAGCUGCAUCUGCAUCUGCAACUGCAUCUGCACCUGCAGAAGCUUCAGCCGCUAUCCCGGAGCAACCGUCCACUUCCGCGCCCGUAGAGGCGUCGGGUACCGAGAAGUCGUCGGAAUUGCCUCCCGUUGAUGUCGAGCUUAAAGAUACAGAGAUGAAAGAUGCAAAACCACAAAAUUCCAUUCAGGAUACGGCUUCACAGGGUGGGGAAGCAGAAACCGACAAGGCAGAGAGUCAAGUCGAGAAAUUCGACGCAGAGAAGCCAGAAAAGGCUCCAGAAACUGCCGCUCAAGCUCCGCAGUCCUCAGCGCAACCCUCUGGCGACGAGACUUCUGCGGCCGAACCCGCAAAACAACCUGAGGUAGACUUACCAGCUACACAACUAAAACCCAGCGAAGCCACACAGCCUACAGUGGAAAAUCCCAGCGAUGGAAAGAAGGAACCAAUUCCUGAGCCUCCUGCAGCUACCGGCCAAGUAGUAGAGGCAGUCGCAGCUUCGGAGGAGCUCUCACCUACUGCAGUGCCGGCCGCUGCUGAAGCACCUUCCCAAGCCGACUCACUUAAAGAUGCCUUGGUCCCAACACAAUCCGAGAAGGAUACUCCCGAGGUGCAUGCUAAUCAGCCAAUUGUCAUCACUGGAGACGCACCACAAGUAGAGGUCCCUCAACCUCCUUCAGUCAUUGAACAGACGGGACGCAACCUGACGAUCUUGGAAAACUUUGAUGAGAAGACGGCUCAAAGUCGCGAGUUCAGCAUUUAUUUCAAUGCGAAAAAGCCUCCGAGGCUGACCAGUAUGUCAACCUUCCCCUUGACCCGCAUAAUGCAUGCAUCCUCCAGAAAGAAAAAUAGACUAAAAAGCAUGAUAGAGAUCUCCUCAUCCCUUUGUGUGAUCACAUCACUUCCCUCCCGCUAUCGAGACCCUGACACGUCUCUUCCAUUCGCAAACGCCUACGCAUAUCACGAAAUCCGAAACGCCGUGUCGCAAAAGUUCAGUUGGAGCCCAAUGCUUGGGUGCUAUGUCGGCCCAGCUGGAGUGGCUGCACGUGGAGUGCCGGCCAGGUUUUUGGGCGGACCUGAAGCAAAGGAGGAAACCAAGGAGAGUGCAUCACCCACUGCGGGCGAUAAGGCUACCAACGAUUCCCCUGCGACCAAAGCGGACGGGGAACCAAAGGCUCCAGCUGCAGCUGAGGCCUCGAAUACCGCUACUCCUGACCCUGGUUCGGCUGCUGCAUCCGCUCCUACCCCGGCGGCCACGGGAGAUCCAAUGGAGGUUGACCGAUGAUUGGAUGGCAGCCUGAGCUGCCUCCAACUUCCGCCUUUCUACCUCAACCUGUAUAACACUAUGAUCCAUUCAAUGAUACCCAUGUCAAUUAUUACAAUAUGCCUAGAGCGAUUGCACCUGGCUGCUAUAGCCUCAUCCACCAAUGCUCCCUUUACCACACGAUAGUAUGCUAGGGAAACAGGUCAUAGUCGAGGCGUGUUCCCGUUCGCCUGGUCUACUGUGAACAUGUUGCAGU